AUGAAGACUUUAAUAGAUGAAGGUGACGAUCAUCUAAAAGAUUCAUACGAUUCAAAUAAUAAUCAUCAACAUCAACAUAUAGAUUUACAUAUUGAUGAUUUAGAGAGUAAUAAUAGUCAACAACAACAACAACAACAACAACAACAAGUUCAACAUCAUAAUAAUAAUAGUCAACAACAACAACAACAACAACAACAACAACAACAACAACAACAACAACAACAACAACAACAACAACAAAAGAAACAAAUUCAUUUUAAAAAAUCGGGAGUUUCCGACUCGGAGUUGGCUGAUAAUGUUAGUUUGAUCAGUAGUAGUAAUGCUAGUGUUGUUAGUAGCAUCAAUUUAGAUACACACUUACAGGAUGACGAUGAAGUAGAGAACUUCAAGAACAAGCGUAACAAAUCAGAAUUGGAAUUCACCAUGGGCUAUGGACAGGACGAGAUAGAGAUAGAGCUGGAUCCAGAUACACUCGAGCUAAUAAACAGACCAAAUUACAAAGGUGUUAAAAGUUCAUUAGAUAUGACAGAUCACAACUCAAAUCUUAAAAAUACAAAACAAAUAAUACCAGAAGGUUUAAAUUUCAAUAACAAUAAUAACAAAAUUAAUACUAAAAAUAACAAUAACAAUAAUAAUAAUAAUAUAAAUAAUAUUGAUAAUAAUAGUAGUAAUAAUAAUGAUUAUGAUAGUUUAGAUUUAUCAUAUGGACAUAACAAUAAUAAUAACAAUUCACCAAAUGGAGCUGAUAAAGAUAAUAAUAAUAAUAAAAAAAAUAGAAAUAAUAAUAAUAAUAAUAAUAAUAAUGGUGAUGAAAGUUUCCGUGAAAAAUUAAGACGUUUCGAAUGUGCAGCACCCUAUUUCAGAAUAAUAAGAGAUAAUGCACCCUAUAGAUAUUUGUUUUUUGCAUCGUUGAUCUCCCUCAUGGGUGAUUGGUUCAACGAAUUGGCUUGUAUUUCUUUGUUGACCCGAUUCGAAGCGAGUGGUAUGAUGGUCAGUGUUUUCCUGGUGAUCAGAGAGUGCCCGUCUUUUAUAUUCUCACCGGUGUCCGGUGUGGUAUCGGACCGAUUCGAUCGACGCUACGUCAUGAUUGUGACCGAUGUUCUUCGUAUGGCGUUAGUCCCGCUGUUCUUGCUGGUCCGAAGCAGCGAGAGUCUGUGGUUGCUCUACGUGCUGUCGUUUCUGCAAUUCACUAUCGGGUCGUUCUUCUUGCCUGCGAAAUCAUCGAUGUUCCCAAUGCUUGUGAAGAAAGACGAUUUGAUUACGGCGAACGCUAUCGAUCAGGCGUCGUACUCAUCGAUGAUGUUGAUCGGUGCAAGUCUCGGUGGUCUGAUAAGCUAUGGUUUGGGAACGAAUGCCAACUUUAUCAUUGAUAGUGCUACCUAUCUUGGAUCUGGGCUAUUGGUAUUACAGCUGGUUAGACUCAAAGCUGGAAUGCCACAGAAAUCAAAUAGCAACAAAAUCGAGGAAACACAACAACACGAAAAGCUGCUAGGUGAUGAGGAAAGUGGAAAUCUCAUGGAGGAUAUAGAGUUGGAAAGUAGUAAUAACAAUGACGAUGAAGAUGAAGAAGGAGAGGAAGGAGAAGAUAAUGAUGAUAAUAAUAAUAUUAUAUUAUUAACAAAAGCAAGAGUAUUUAAAAAUCAUGUAAAAAGUGGAAAGAAUAAUAAUAGAGAGAUGGAUAGAAAUAGUAUUGGUAGUGGUAAUAGUGAUCAUUUAGAAGAAGAAAUAGUAACAACAACAAAUAAUAAUAAUGAAGAAAGAAAAUCAUUUAUUAUUGCAAUAGCAAUUGGAUUUAGAGAUUAUUUCAGAAUGUACAAGGAUGGAUUAAAAUAUUUAUAUGACAAUCCAUACAUUUUAAUUAUAUCUCUGACAAAGUCGUUUGGAGCGAUUGUAUGGGCUGGUAUCGAUGCCGUGCUCAUCAAAUUUGCAAAAACCGAAUUCCGAUUCGAUGAAAACGGUUCACUUUCACUAGGGUUGAUCUUGGCGUGUGGAGGAUUGGGUAUCCUGCUAGUACCAUUCAUAUUCGCAAGAAUAAUCAAAGAUAAACCGGAGAAUCAUUUAAAUAUAUUAAGAUUUGGAUUCUUUUUAAAUUGGUUCGGUACUUUUUGGUUAGGAUUCACUUCAAAGGUAUUCCCAGUGUUUUUGAUAUGUAAUGUUUUGCGUUCGACUGCUACCUGUGUGUUGUGGCUGUAUUCCUCUUCGAUUCUGCAACAGUCGGUGCCAGAUCACGUUAGAGGCAGAGUUUUCGCAUUCGAAUUCGGUAUACUUACGAUUGUUGCCACCACCGCGAAAAUGUCAACCGGUAUUCUACUGGACACCGCUCAUAUCUCACCUACCAACAUCACCUAUAUCUUUGGUGGAGUUGGUGUAUUUAUAUUUGUUAUUUGGAACUUGAUCAUCAUUCGCUAUAAAUCCGAUGCAAUCACUGUCAUUGCAAACAAUCAAUCUUCACCAUCAUCAUUAUCAUCAUCAUCAGCAUGA